AUAGCUAUGGAUUGUAAAUCUUGAUUGCAAUUCUUUAUUAAUUCUUCAAUUGUUCGAUUCAUCCAUUCUCCAAUCUCUCAAUACCAUACUUGCUCUCUCAGCAUCACUCUCCUCCACACGACUUUCCAAAAGAGAAUCGAAUCCCCCCCUUCCAACUUUCUCCUGCAUUGAUUGAUUGCAUUGUUAUAUUAAGGCUUGGUCUAUCUCUACCUCUACCGUCAUAACGCUCCUAGAAAUUUAACUUUGGACUUCUCUUACCCACUACUCCAUCAUAAAAUUCAGCAGAUCUACAAUCUCGUAGGGAUAUAGGGAUCUUGUCGAUUAGCUACAGGAAUACGAGUAUAAGAAAGAAAGCCACUCCGCCAAUCUUUCUUCCGGUUCCCUCCAUUUACAAGUUAUCCAAUAAAGUUUUGCUACUUCCGCAGAAACUCCAUCAUCUGGUCGGUCAAGAAGAGGAAUAUCACAAGCUGGACCCAGACGACUUUUCCUUAUCUUCAAGGACGCAGCUGAUUGUAUCUUCUCACCCCUCUUGUCAACACCAAAAAGGGUACCCAACUCGUCUUUAUCUGAAUUUAGCUCGUGUGAUCCAGAUUGGGAGUGGAACUGUACUGUGGCUCAGGCGAUAUAAUAAACCUUACAAUCACAACUCCCCACGCUUGCCGAGAACCUGCAUAAAUUCACAACAUUCACUCAAUCUCAAGAAGUUGGCAGCGCAUGCCAACUCGAGACUUUAUCUUGGAUAUAGUUCUUCCCAACCCCAAUCCUCGAUGAACAGUUGAUUUCGACUUCUGCGAACAUUGCGGCUGCAAAAUGGGUCAGCACCAGUCGCGGGACGACUCGCAUGGCGGGGAUAGACAUCGACAUCAUGGCGCCGGUACGAAUGGGCCAACUUCUCCAUCCGACCACGAUCCAUAUUCUUCUCGUACUGGCAGAGGCAGCAGGCGAAACCUCGUAGCAGCUAUUGUGGGCGGCGGAUCAAACAAUGAAGUGCCGGAGAGGAAGGAGACAGCGGCCGAGCGACAAAUGAGGAGACUCGAGAGGGAGAGGGUUGCAAGAGUAGAAGAACGAGAGAGAAGCAUUAGGGAGGAGCAUGUAGAUGGUGGAUAUUUGGUUACAAUGGGUGUCUACACUGGCCCAGAAGAUUUCAACAAGGCAAUAGUAAGACAAUUGAUGAUUGAGCGGCGAGUUGCACCAUUUUGGAGGGGGCUAGAUGAUUACGAGAGUGAUUGGACCGAGCAUCAGUUGGUCGCUGCCGGGCGAGGCCUUCCCAUUCCAGCCGCUGAUGAAAUACCUUCCGAAGACAGUGCUAGGCCUCAUUCUUCCAAUUCCGCGAAUGCACCAAACUCGACCCUCCAAAAUUUGACUGUGCCAAUAGCUUCACGAAGCCAGUCUGCUUCAUAUGACACCUCUGUUGGCCGCUCACCGUCACACUCAUCUUUCAAUACGUCAUCUCCGGCAUCGCCCCUUAAUGCACCUGCCACUUCUUCCUCUUUGCUUCGUCCUCGAGCUAAAACGUUAGGCCUAAAAUCUUCAUCAAAGGAAACCUCGGCAACGGAUUCGGGACCCCGUGAGAUUCAAUUGCCUAGAGAUUCCCAAGUAAAUGGUCAAGCUAUCGAGGCUUUUCUGUACAAAGACGCUGUUGAAUGCUCAAUAUGCUUGAUAUUUUACCCUCCUUAUCUGAACAGGACUCGAUGUUGCGACCAGACUAUUUGUUCGGAAUGCUUUGUGCAAAUUAAGAGACCAGAUCCGCAUACGCCAGAACACCACGGUCCACCACAACCCGCGCCCGAUCAAGCCGAAGAUACAGAAAUGCUCGUUUCGGAACCAGCCGCUUGCCCUUACUGUCAGCGACCCGAGUUUGGCGUGACAUACGAACCACCGCCUUUCCGCCGUGGCCUUGUUUAUGCAAAGCCACCUCCAGAACUGGCCAACUUCUCUUCGGCCAUGUCAUCGUCGUCAUCGAUCAGUUCACCGCCUAUAGCAAGUCCGGGGCUUGCACCAAGAGGCGACAACAGGCGUCGGGCCACUUCAUUAUCAGCUAAUGAUUCAAAUGUUAUUACGACUGACCGCAUCAGACCGGACUGGUCGGCAAAGCUUGAAGCUGCUAAUCUGCGAAAGGCCAAAAAGAACGCCGCCGCUUCGGCACUACACGCAGCUGCCUAUGUACUUCCCGGAACCUCGGACAACCGCAGCUAUGUUUUCGGACGAAGUCGCUUCGGUAGAAACCGCAGCGAUCCUGACAAUAGUGGAUCUGUCACUUCUUCGAACCGCGAUGCCAGUUCCAGGACUGCAGCUGAGUCGUCCGGCCAAGCGCGUAGGGAAGGUCGAGAUACUAAUGCUGCUCGAAGAACGCGAGACGUCGAGGAGAUGAUGAUGGCUGAGGCGAUUAGACUCAGUAUUGUGGCAGAAGAGGAACGAAAGAAGAAGGCCGACAAAGAAGCCGCCAAGGAGGCUGCAAAAAACGCGAAGAAGCAGGCCAAAGAAGAGAAGAAGAGAGAGAAAAAAGAGAGAAAAUCCAUCUAUGGCACUAACGGACAUUCGGCUAGUUCGAGUAUGCUGAAUCUAGGAAACAGUCUGGCUGCUACUUUUACUGGGCGAAAGAGAGGUGAUAGUGCCGCAAGCAAUUUGGCUACAGAAGUGACACCCGAAGAAGUCGAGGAGCCUCCACAAGGAAAAGGAAAAGGUGUAGCUCGCCCUUAUUUGGGUAACGACGGGAGUGCCACGGAUAGCGGACUUCUUGGCGUCCAGCAGUCAGAUCCCUCGACGAGUUCUAGUUUGUUAGAGACUCAUCAGUCUAUUCCUUCACCUACAAGUCCUGACAAGCCGUCGCACUUACGACAGAUGAGCACCGCAUCUAGCGCCUCAUCUUCAAUAGCCGAGUCAGGUAACGGUACAAAUCCCCAAGGCUCUUCUACAAGCAUUGAAAGCCCUGGUGCUACAGAGACAAAUGAGGGGAACGAAGAUGGCGAUACAGGAGCUGAAUCUAUGUUCAAUUUUCGGAGUAUAACGGCUAUGAUUGAAAAAGAGAAUGACAACGAAAAAACGCACGAUGCGGUCCAUGUCGAAAACGCACGUGAAGCAUCGGGCUCUAGACGCGGAAGCCCUGAUGAAACCGCUGCUCAAGACAUGGAUGUAAGCAUUCAAACUUUACGACCUCGAGAUUUUCCCCAGAAAAUAGAGUCCAAUCACCAAGCUCCAAUGGGGCUCCAGAUGCCAGACACGAAAAUCGAUACUAGUAUUGUCACACCUCAGCUCACGCUUACACCAGAUACUCCAGCUCUCAUGAGUUCAUCAGAGGAGAAUGGGAAACAACUAGGAUCAAAUAUACAUAACCAAUCCAACAACGAAAUAACUCAAUAAAGAGAGUGUAAAUUGACAGGGGGCGAGAUUGUUCAUGAUGAGAUGAUACAAUAUAAUGCGAUGCAUGAAUAAUUAGCGAAGUCGAAUUGACACAGCGAUGUAUUUCCUUUCUGCUCACUAGCUAGUACGCAUGACCUACAUGUAUGUACGCAGCGGUACUUUUUUUCAACUAGCGAGAUUGUGGAUGGAUGGAGUGGAGAGGAAUCUGAGAGGUGAUAUAUUACAACUGUUUAUAGGCGUAAUUGGCGAUGGAUUCGUUUAUUCAGGAACCGACACCGUAUACUUCUAUAGUGUGCAGCCAAAAUUCACGGGCUUGUAGGUAUGGGUAUUUGAUCGGACUCAUGGUGCAGGAAGGCUGAAUUUUUGGACUGGGGUUGGGGAUGGGAUGUGCUUGUGGGGAGAGGGAACACGGGCUACUUAGUUAUGGAUAGACUCAAAUUAUAUUAUAUUAUACAGUUCAAUAAUCAGACGAGGAUAGUUUGCGUUUAUAGAGC